ACUAGUUCUCAGAUUUCAGAAAUGGUAUUGCUUCAAUUUUUGUUACCUGAAAAAGAAAUCUUUUUCAAGAAUCACUUUAUUAAAGAAUUUGAGUUUUAGAAAUAACAUCAAAAGGAUGGCCUUUACGUCGUAUUAUUAGAUCUUAAUUUAUCGCUUUUGUAAGCAUAACUGAUUUUACAGUUUUGUUAAAUAAAAACUAUUAAGGUUCUAAAAGCUGUUUACAAUUAAUAGCUAAAACUCUUGAUCAGAAUGCUAGAUAUUUUUGGCGGUCUGCGGAGGCUGUUUCGCCGUCGAACUGUUUGCAUAGACAAUGUAGUCUUCCGCUUGCACUGGAUGCUGACUUCCUCAGUACUCGUAGCGGCCAGUCUGGCUGUGACUUCUCGACAAUACCUUGGUGAUCCCAUCGCUUGCAUACGUUCCGGUGAUUCACCUUCCAGCAGAAUAGUGGACACGUAUUGCUGGAUACAUCCAACAUUCACCAUACCAAAGGCGUUUAGAAAGAAAGUUGGAGUAGAAGUUCCAUACCCGGGAAUUGACAAUUCGGUUCACACAGAGCAUAAAUAUUAUGCUUAUUAUCAGUGGAUUUGCUUCAUUCUUUUCUUACAAGCUAUCUUUUUUUAUUUACCUUUCUACCUCUGGAGUGUAUGGGAAGGAGGACUUCUAAGAGCUGUGACAAUGAACAUGCAAUUUGCAGUCGUUUCUGAAGAGGAAAGGAGAUUGAAAAGGAAAAUAAUCUCCGAAUUUGUUCUAAGAAACCUCGGACAACAUCGUGCAUACGCAAUGAAAUAUAUUUUCUGUGAAGUUUUAGCUCUCAUUAACAUCCUAGGGCAAAUGAGCUUGAUGGACGCUUUGUUGGAUGGCGAAUUCUGGUCUUAUGGUCCUGAAGUAGUGAAGUUUCUCAGCAUGGAUCAGGAGGAGAGAUCUGAUCCCAUGAUACGACUUUUUCCACGGAUGACCAAAUGCAUUUUUUAUACAUUCGGGUACUCUGGAAGCAUCCAAAAGCACGACAUCUUGUGCCUUCUGCCUCUAAAUAUUCUCAAUGAAAAAAUUUACGUGUUUUUGUGGUUCUGGUUCAUGACUCUUUCAAUGCUAACAUUUCUGGUUUUGAUCUCUCGCGGAGCUGUUAUCCUUAUGCCAAGUGUGAGACCCAGGAUGUUGCAUGCAAGGUGCCGCCUCGCAUUUCGAGAACAUAUUGCAAAAGUUAUCUCUCAAACAGAUGUUGGUGAUUGGUUUUUCUUAUACAUGCUGGGUAAAAACUUAGAUUCUAUUUUAUUUAAAGAAAUGAUGGCAGAUCUUUCAAGAAAUUUCGAGAAAGAAGAAAUAAUGCCCAGAAAUAUCGUAUGAUAUGCGAAGACAUGAUGAAUGGCAACGAACUGUUACACAGAGGGAACGAUUUUAUAAUUUUCAUUCCUCAUUAGUUAUGAUGUAUGUCACAAAUGUUUCAACUUAUAUAUAGUAUAUAUUAAUAUUUAUAAUUUAUACUGUCAUUUUGAUAAAAGUGUAAAUUGCAGUUAUAAUUUCUUGAUUAUUAUACUAAUUACACCUUUAAAUGCAUUUGAAACGAAAUUUGAAUUAAUAUUUUAUAUAACUUCAUGUAAUAUUUAUUAUAUGUAUAUUAAAUAUUGGA